AGCUUCCUGUGAGUCUUCUGCUACAUAUGUAAAAGCUUGCGUGGUGUGUACUUUUGAAUGUAGAAAAUGGCGGCAAUUGAUAGAGAUGACUGUCUAGUCUCUCACUCUACAACUUCCUGAUAGCUCUCUCUUCAUAAUUAAUCCUAGGGUUUUUAAUAAACCCUCAUAUAUUUACAUGUAUAUGAAUGUAUAUCUUUAAGAAUUAGGGUUUGUUUGCGAUUGAUUUUGGCACUGUUUUGGAUUUUGUUGGAUAAUUGAAUGCUCUGGAAUGACGAUGGAUGCGACUUCAUCUGUGUGUAAUUUGGCGAUUUUGGAAUCGCUGGAUGAAAAUUUGAUUGGAGAAAUUCUGGAGAGCUGGAAUGGAUUCUGCUUCACGACUGAAUCGCUUCUGAAAGGCAAUGGCGAUCUGUCGUUUGGGUCGGAGUUUGAGUCUCAUGCCCAGACUCUCUGCAAGCACGGGCUCGAGUCUCUGGUCCAAGAACACUUCCUUCGCUCGCUUGAGAACACUUUUGAGAAAAAUGGAGCAUCAAAGUUCUGGCGGCAUUUUGAUCCUUACAGCAACGUUGCAGUUCUUGAUAUUGAUAAGGACCCUAUUGACGAAGUGGAGGUCCAGCAUGUGUUAUGCAAAGCUUUGGAAGAGUUAUCAUUGGAAAAAGAAUAUCAGGAGAAAUACCUAUUAAUGUUGGUUCAUGCUUUACAGUCAUUUAAAGAUAAAGAAUCAGAGGGAAGACAAAGUUCAGAAGCAGAAAGAGUCCGGCUUUUUUCCAAAUAUCAACUAAUAAUGGCUUCAGUUCUCAUGGCCACUCUUCCCCGGCAUUUUCCUGAUGUACUCCACUGGUAUUUUAAGGGAAAGUUGGAGGAGUUAAGUUCAAUUAUGUCUAGAGUGUGUGAGGAUGAUAAUGAAUCACAAGAUAAAGAUGACAUGGAUCUAGAUGAAAGGAGUAAACUCCCCUGCAGAACUGGUGACAUGGAUAUUGAUGGAUGCCAUCACCAAAGAAGGUUUUUGGAAAAUCACAAAUUAGUGAAGAACAUUGGAAUGGUUGUUCGUGAUCUUAGAAGUCUUGGAUUUACAUCUAUGGCUGAAGAUGCAUAUGCUUCUGCUAUAUUUAUGCUUUUGAAGGCUAAAGUCCAUGAUCUGGCUGGCGAUGAUUUCAGGAGUUCUGUUUUGGAGUCCAUUAAAGGGUGGAUACAGGCUGUGCCUCUCCAGUUCUUAUAUGCACUCCUGGCUUAUCUUGGUGAUUCUGUGAAUUAUGAUAGCCCGUUGUCUGGUUUGAGAUCGCCUUUGGCAUCAUACCCAUCUUCUUGCUACCCUGGGAUGGGAGUUCCUUCUGAAGGACUUGUUCGAUGGCAGUUGCGGUUAGAGUAUUUUGCUUAUGAGACCUUGCAAGAUUUAAGAAUAGCCAAACUUUUUGAGAUUGUUGUGGACUAUCCGGACAGUUCUCCUGCUAUUGAAGACUUGAAACAAUGUCUUGAAUACACCGGACAACAUUCAAAGUUGGUGGAUUCAUUUAUCUCUGCUCUGCGAUAUCGUUUGCUUACAGCCGGUGCCUCAACCUAUGAUAUAUUGCACCAAUACAUUUCAACUAUCAAAGCACUUCGAACGAUAGAUCCAGCUGGUAUAUUCCUUGAAGCGGUUGGUGAACCAAUUAGGGAAUACCUUAAGGGGAGGAAAGAUACCAUUAAGUGCAUUGUGACCAUGCUUACUGACGGGACUAGUGGGGAUCCCAAUGGAGCAGGAAGCACCGGGGAUAGCCUUCUUGAAGAAUUGAACAGGGAGGAAGAAAAUCAAGAGAACACUGAUGAUGAUGAUAUCAACACCGAUGACAAGCAAGCAUGGAUAAAUGCGCAACGCUGGGAGCCUGAUCCUGCAGAGGCUGACCCCUUGAAGGGUAGCAGGCAUAGGAGGAAGGUUGACAUACUUGGUAUGAUCGUUGGCAUAAUUGGUUCCAAGGAUCAGCUGGUUAAUGAAUAUCGAGUUAUGCUAGCUGAAAAGCUUCUGAACAAAUCUGAUUAUGACAUUGACUCCGAAAUACGUACUUUGGAACUCCUCAAGAUACAUUUUGGAGAGAGCAGCAUGCAGAGGUGUGAAAUUAUGCUCAAUGAUUUGAUUGAUUCCAAAAGGACGAACACAAAUAUAAAAGCAACCAUAAAUCAGCCAUCUCAAUCAGGUGCUGAGUUAAGGGAUCAGGGGGUAUCCCUGGAUAUUCUUAAUGCUACAAUCAUUUCUUCAAAUUUCUGGCCGCCUAUCCAGGAUGAGGCCCUUAACAUACCUGGGCCCAUGGAACAGCUUCUUAGUGAUUAUGGUAAAAGGUUUACUGAAAUCAAGACUCCUCGUAAGCUACUAUGGAAGAAAAGUCUUGGUACAGUCAAGUUGGAGUUGCAAUUUGAAGAUAGAGCACUGCAGUUCACAGUCACUCCUAUACAUGCAUCAAUCAUUAUGCAAUUUCAAGAUCAACCAAGUUGGACCUCUAAGAAUCUUGCUGCUGCUAUUGGGAUACCAGUAGAUGUACUCAAUAGAAGAAUAAUUUUUUGGAUUAGCAAGGGAAUUCUUGCAGACUCACUGGGAGUUGACACCAAUGACCACACAUAUACCAUGGUGGAUGCAAUGGUUGACGCUGGUAAAACUGGUGUCAACAGUGGGAGUUGCGAGGAGCUUCUGGUGGGUGAUGAGGAUGGAGAGAGAUCAGUGGCCUCUGUUGAGGAUCAACUACGUAAAGAAAUGACUGUUUACGAGAAAUUUAUUACGGGGAUGCUUACCAAUUUCGGUAGCACGGCAUUGGACCGGAUUCAUAACACUCUCAAGAUGUUUUGUGUGGCUGAUCCUCCUUAUGACAAAUCACUUCAACAGCUGCAAAGCUUCUUAUCCGGUCUAGUUGCAGAAGAGAAGUUAGAACUCAGGGAUGGAAUGUACAUUCUGAAGAAGUCCUAACAGAUGGAACUGCAGUUUCCUUCCAUUUGAGCAAACCUACCGACUAUAAUCAAGAUAUGGAUCGUGUGAGAUUCCAGUUCCAGCUUUUGGUAUGUUGCAUGAGAACAGAUUGACCAAUCCACGCUAAAAGUUGAGGCAAGCAUCAUCCCAAAUUUUGUACUCGAAAAGUAACUUUCUGUAGGUACAACAUCUUUGUACAAAGUUCGAGUUACAACUUGAUGCGAAGUAUAUAUGGGAUGUGUUCGUUGGACUAAAUGAUGAAGGAUUUCUGGGAACAAUGUUAAGAACACUGCAUACACCUAUGGUGUAGUAAAGAUCUUCUUGGUGCAAAAAUGCCCCAUUGCCCAGUUCUCCUACACGGGGCAAGGCUGGGAGCUGCGAGAGCAGCUUGGACGAGCCAUUUGCCGAUCCAGGCAAGGUUUCUUCUGUUUUUCUAGUUAUUUUGGGGCAUUGUGUGACAUCAAUGGGCAUCUUUAUGUAAUCCAUGAAAAUCAUGGACAGAUUCAUCCUUGUUAGAGAUGUAGAAUUGUGCUUUGACUAUAAAGUUGAUGCAGGUGGGGUGAAAGUUUAUAAUAAUAUUUAGG